AUGAAAUUAAAACAAAAAGCUAUUGAUCAUAUUUAUCAUGAACUUGAUUUAAUUGAUAAACAAGUUAAUGAAAGUUCAAUAAAUACAAGAUUUCCAUUACUUAUUGAACGUUUAGAAUAUAUUGAAGAAGAAAUCAAUAAAGAAUUUUCCAAUGAUAGUGAUAAUCAACAAAUUAUUGAUUUAAAAAAACGUUUAAUUGAUGUGAAACAACGAGCAUUAACUAAAGGUCAAGAAUUAAUUGAAUUAGCACAUUCAAUUGAAUUAUUUCAUUCAUCAUUACAAAAAUUUACUGAAUGGUUAACUGAAACUGAACGGUAUUUAAAUCAUCAAAAACCUGUUCAACGUCGUUUUGGUUUAAUUCAAACUCUAUUAAAACAAAUUGAUGAUCAUAAACAUUUUCAAAUACAAUUACAAACCUAUAAAGAACAUUUAAUUGAUUUAGAUAAAUUAGCAACACAUUUAAAAUUUGUUUCACCGAAAAAUGAUUCAAUUUACAUAAGAAAUUCUUUAACAGCUGCACAAACACGUUGGCAAAAAGUUCUUACACGUACAACUGAACGUACAAAAGAAUUACAAAAAGCAUUUCAUGAUGCAAAAAAAAAUAUUCGACCAGAAGUAACAGAUAUUGAUAGAAUUAAGAGUGAAGUUAAUCGACAAGCGUCACUAUGUACAUGUUCAAAAAAAUAUGAUGUACAACAAAUAGCUGAAGGACGAUAUAGAUUUGGUGAAUCACAAAGUCUUCGUCUUGUUCGUAUACUUCGUUCGACAGUUAUGGUUCGAGUUGGUGGUGGUUGGACAGCACUUGAUGAAUUUCUUGUUCGUCAUGAUCCAUGCCGAGGAAUGCAUGUCUACAGUCGAUUUUUGACGACUGUUGCUGCAGCUAAAGGUCGUACUAAUUAUGAAUUACAUCCAGAAAGUUAUGCUUUACGUGAUGGUGUUGCUCAAACAAUGACAUUAUUUAAACCGAGACUUGUUACUGUUCAUCGACCAACAUGUCUUUAUCAUCAACAACAAUUAGCAGCAGCUAGUGCUACAUCGAAACAAUCGCCAGGUGUAACACCAAAUCGAGGAUCCAAAGAUAAAUCUCGAAGAACAUCAUCGAUUAAUUCUUUUCUACAACAACAACAACAACCAAAUUCAUCAUUUGGUGAUUUAUCAGCAUCAGGUGAUGAUCUUUCAACAUCACCACAUGUUCUUAGUGAUUCAGAAGCAAGACCAUCACAUAUACCAAUACUUGUUCCUUCAACUACUCCCGGAGCAUCUACAUUGAGCCGAACAUCAAGUCGUGAAAGUGUUCUUUCUGAACAAUCGAUUGCAUCGACAUCGUCAGCACAACAACGACGACCGAGUAAACUUCCAUUACCUGUUAUACGACAAAAAAAGACAUCAAAUGGAACAUCACCAGCUAAGAAUACCUAA